UCCUCGAAAACCCUUGCAGUAAAACAGGCAGAUAGACGCUCGUGAACUUAAAAACUUUUAGUACGGGGCGUUGUGAGGGGACAACUUUGCGAACAGUCGUUUUCCUUCAACAAAACUACCACUCCGACGGCAGAGACAAGAGAGAAAAAGGACUUUCAUGUCCCCCCCCUCCCCAUCAACCGGAGUGACUUCCACUAAGUCUUUCAGGGCAUUUUGUGAGGACUCUUCGUGGUACGUCCGCUCUUCUUUUAAAGCUAAAGCUGGAGCUGGAAGGUGGCUUCCUGUAGGCCCAUUUACGGGGAAGAAAAUCUUUGCGAAAAACAGAGAGAGUUGCAACUCAACCCACUGACAUCACAUCAGAGGCUGCAAGAAAAAACAAAAUGGGUCAAAGAUCCCGCAUUCCUUUGAUGCUUCUUGCAUUAUGCUGCCUGACGUCAGCAGGGCCAUUGCUUCGCAGUCCAUGUGAGCUGCUGCCGGUUGGGACUGGACACCCUGUGCAGGCCAUCCUGAAGAGCUUCACCGCCAUGUCAGGCUGUGCAAGCAAAGGCACCAUGAGCCUGUCUCAGGAGGUCCACGUCAUUAACCUGAGAGGACAUGCUGCACAGGGCCCAGACAGCACGCCUGCAAGAGUUGAGCUGCAUCUCAAGCCCAUCCAGUCCGUGCGCCAGCACCAGAAGCGCUUGGUCUUUGUGCUUAACUCCCCCCAACCUGUGAUAUGGAAUGUUAAGGCAGAGAACCUGGCCCCGCGCAUCCAUCAUACCUUUCAUGUAUCACUGGGCUCAGAGGUCCUCUUUAAACAGGCCAACUUCUCCCUCAACACUCGGAUCCAGAAGGAAAACCUUCCCCAAGGCAACGAACAUCUCCUCAACUGGGCCCAGAAGAAGUACAGGGCAGUCACCUCUUUCUCUGAGCUCAGGAUGACUCAAGCCAUCUACAUCAAAGUUGGAGAAGACUCAGUGUUUUCUGACACUUGCAAGAUUGACACCAGGUUCCUGUCUCUGAACUACCUGGGCAGCUAUGAGGAGCCACAGACGUCAAAGGGUUGCAUCCUGUCUGUGCCCAACAGAGAAGUACACAUCAUUGAGCUGCAAGCCCCGAACUCCAGCAGCGCUUUCCAGGUGGAUGUCAUUGUGGAUCUAAGGCCUCUGAAGGACGAUGACUUGGUGGUGCGAGAUGUCACAUUGGUGCUCAGAUGUGCAAAGUCUGUCCACUGGGUUGUCAAAGCCCACAAUAUGCGGGGGAAUUUGGAGGUUGUGGCUUCUGAUACAGUGACCAUUAACUCCCAGAUGGUAGAGACGACUUCCCCCAGACAGCUUUUGCCAUCAGGAUCACAAGCCUUGAUCAAGUGGGCAGUAGAGAACGGCUAUAAUCCAGUCACCUCUUACACCAGCACCCCUAUGGCAAACCAUUUCAACAUCCGACUGCGAGAGCAAGAUGUAUCAGAUCAUCUGGAGAGCAGAUUGCCUCCUGAGCUGUUCAACCUGCGUCAUGUCAGCCCUCUGCCAGAAAAAGGACCUGCGGCACCACCUGCGGCACCACACUCCAGUCUGCCCUUUCCAUUUCCAUACUUGCCCAUCAGUUUGCCCAACCUGAACUAUGACAACGAAGAGCCCGUUGAGGAUAGAAAUGUUUUGGAUGUUGAACUCAUCGUUCAAUGUGAAGAAAAGAGGAUGGUCGUCAGCAUUGACAGGAAGAGCCUGGAGGCAAAAGGAUUUGCUAAUGCCAGCCUCAUGUUGAAAAACCCAGAAUGCAAAGCAAAAGUCAAUGCAACCCACUACACACUGGAGACACCUCUGACUGAAUGUGGCACCAUUGUGUUUCCUGUGCAUGAUACCCAAGAUGUCCUUCAUAUCAACUCUGUGACAGUGAUUUCUGAAGAGGCGCAGGGUGAUGAUGAUCCAAUCUCCACCUGGUUCCCCAGACUUGGAGAAGCUGCAGAGAGUACACAGACUGAACCAAAUCCACCAGCUCCUUUGAUAAACUUCAACUGCACAUAUAGAAAAUCCAAGGAAGUCCCAAAUACUAAACCUGCUUUUGGGGCAAUUCCAGGACAGCCAGUCAACAGCAUAAGUUUUGAGAUGGAGCUGUACAAGACUCCGUUUUUCAACAAUCCUCCACAACAGCGCAUCUUCAAAGUUUCUGACCAAAUGGAAGUGGUUGUGCAGAUCACGUCAACAGCAUCAAACCCUGACAUUGGACUCACCAUCACCUCAUGCUUCAUCUCCCCCAGCUCCAGUCCCUCAGAGUCCUCUGACUACAGCCUUAUUGAGACAUUCUGUACCAAGGAUAACUCACUUAAGUGGACCCAGAACUCUCAGGGGCACUUCUUGUUUUCUUCUGGAAAGAAGGGGAAAUCUUUUAGCUUCACCUUCAACUCCAAAAUGUUGAACAAAACACUUGUUUUUCUUCACUGUGAGAUGUCUCUGUGCUCAGAGAAUUCUCAGAGGAACCAGGAACUGCCACAGUGCCCGGACCUCAGAAACUGUUCUUCUCUGACGGGAGAGACAAUGUUCGUAUUGAUGAGCAACAAAAGGUCUCUGGCAAAGCCGAUCGCUGUGGUUGAUAACAGUGAGUCUCAAGAUUAUCCUCCAAACAAACAUGAAGAAGCUGAGAUGUUUCUCUUGGACACCACCACGGUGGUGUUGAUCGCCUUCGCCGCCUUUGUUAUUGGGGUUCUGCUGACUGGGGCCCUGUGGUUUAUCUACACACACACAGGUGGGAACGCCAGAGCGCAGCCCGUUCAGAAGCCACAGCCUGUCUCGGAGAACAGCAGCGCGGCCCACAGCAUAGGCAGCACGCAGAGCACGCCGUGCUCCAGCAGCAGCACGGCGUAGCUCGGGACGCCUCCCCGAAUGCACCGGCCACUGCGCCUUCACCCAAACUGGUUCGUUGGUCUUCUAAAGUGUGACGCAGAAAACAAACAAAAAAAACACUGACAAAUGUGCUGCGGUGAUUUUGAGACGCGUCUCAGCACAAGAAAGAAAGAAAGAAAGAAAGAAAGAAAGUUCUGUUUAGAUGGGCUUUUUUUUUUCAAAUCCAAAUGCUGCUCUUCUGAUCACAGUUAAGCCUUUUUUUCUUCGUCCUUAAAUGGUUUGAAUUCAGUCGCUUUGCUCCAUCGGUGAUUGAACAAUGCAAGAUUAGCAGAGGUUAGGAAGUGAUAUGUUGAUGGCUGGACCGUAAACACAUUACUUUAACACACACAACCUAGAAAGUAGCACAGGAGCAACACAACCACUAUUAGAAAGAGGACAAAAGUGCAGUAUGAACUGAUCUGUUAUCAUCCUGACGAAGAGAGACAACGGAGGUGUUGAAUGUAUGAGAGAACAAGCACCAGCAAAUGUGAAAGAACAAUGUGAAAGAUCUGCAGGUAGACCUCCAUAUUUUAGAAAAAAGAAGAUUUUUCUUUAUUUUGGAUUAAAGUGUAAACAGUAGAUAUAGGAGUACAUUAGAGCGGCUCAAUAGGUGCAAGUUUAAAAUGACCACAUUUUCAGAGUUAAAGCAUACUAAUUUGCUGAAGUUAAAGGAAAAGACUGAUACUUGUUUUGUGUCUGUGUGUGAUUGGCCUGGCUUCAUGGUGUCAAUCAAAUCAAAUCGGAUCAAUCAGUCAAUUUUAUUUAGCUAGAAACAUUUGGUGUACGUUGGAAGAAAUCCUCAAAAUCUGACCUGGCGUUUUAAUUCAGUUCAGGUUACUCACAAUACAUGUAGUCUCUCAAGACAAU